CUCUGCGCCUGGCGGGAUUGCGCACGCGCACAGGUGGUUGCGUCACUCGUUGCGUUCUAGUGAACUGCCAAGUUUUGUCAGCGGGUUUUUCUCUCCUGCUGGCGGUUGAUCCGUUGGUGUCUGGCCCCCGCGGCUCGCGCCCCUGGCACAGGACCAUGGCGGACCCACGCCUCAGGCAGAUCAAAAUUAAGACGGGCGUGGUGAGGCGAGUAAAAAUUUGUGGACUUUAUGCUGAGCCAAUGUUUGUCUGAAAAUGAACUCAAGAAAACCAGUGAUGAUCUUGUUACUACUGGUGAAGAUAAGAAGGUUGGUAAAAGAGAAAGUUAUGUAUGAAAAAGAAGCAAAACAGCAAGAAGAAAAAAUUGAAAGAAUGAAAGCUGAAGCAAGUGAUGAUUAUGGAAUUAAAAAGCAGAUUGAGAUCUUGCAAGAAUCUCGAAUGAUGAUUCCAGAUUGCCAACGCAGAUUAGAAGCUGCGCAUGCAGAUCUUAGUCAACUAUUAGAAAAUGAAAAAGAGUUGGAAGAAGCUGAAGAAUAUAAAGAUGCACGUUCACUACUGGAGUCAGUGAAGUUGGAAGCCUAGAUGUUCUUCAGUACUGUCUUUAUGCAUUAGCCUGGGUCCAUUCCACACUUUUUGUUUGAUCACUGCUGUAUUAUUUAAAGUAGUGUAAGAAUGAUGACUUGCUGAGAUUCCCUUUAUGCCAUUGCAGAUGACGGCCUUUCUCUAACUUGAAGACAUCAAAUAAAUGACUGAUACAUUUUUGGUUUUUAUAUUUUGCCUAUAGAUAGAACACUUAAUUGACUCAAAGUAUCAAAUUGCAAAUAAAAAAAAAACUGUGUCUUUGAGAUAAAGCUAGGAAUUUACUAGUUGGUGAGGAUGAGUUUUGUGUAACAACUUAUUCAGCAUCUUUAGGAUAAUAAAGUAUGUGAGGAAUGUGAUGACAGCAGAUAUUUCCAAAACUACUUAUGGUGGAAAACAUUUGCCUUAACAAAUUUCUGUUCUAACAGGAAACAGUUUAAAGCAAUUAAGCCUGCAUAUUCUAACAGGACACUUGUAAAGUGUAGUAUGUUGUAUAUUUUUACAGACUUGUGUUGUGUAUAUGUAACUUCUCAAAUAGAUUAGCACUGUACUUUAAAAUAAGAACUCAACUAGAAAUGGGCCUAAGACGUUAAAUAAAGAUCUGAUUCCAAACCA